GCCAACAUUCUGUAAAUACGUCAUUCGGCCACCGUCAGGUUGAAAAAGAACAAUGCUGCAAAAAAAGAAACUACACGGUUAACUGGCCAUGUACGUGGAAAGUGCUUGGAGAAUAGAAAGCAACGAGUUUGUGCAGUUCUCACUCGAUGGUGCGAAUAGGGAAUCGUUAUUAACAGUUGAAUCAUGCAGUGCAUUAAUACGCGGCUUUCGACUUUCGACUACUACAGCGGCUGUUGUUGAUACUUUGUGUAAUACUGACACGGCCUGUCACUGAUUUGGACGUGAAAGCAAGAUGCCCCUAGUCCACAGACCAUCAUCAGGGCCCGAUGACAGCAAUAUAAGUCUUAACGAUGAUACAUCAACCUCACGUCACAACGGCUUGAUGACGACAGACAGCGAUGACAUAGUCGACACAGCGCCGGGCGGAGUAUGCUAUACGUAUGCAAAGAUCCUGGCCCGUUUCUGGUACGUCAUUUGUAUCCUAGUCUUCAUAACAGUCGCUGCAUUCACCGCCCUUCCACUCACGCUCUACGAUUUGCCAGAUUUUUCUGAACCAUCUAAGGGAUUUGACGCACGUGGAACGGUGAUAUCUGCAAGGCUGAACAGCCUCCAAAAUCUAUUUGCCGACCGGACAAAUUUGAUAGUUUUUCGGCCUGCUGAUGCUCAAAUGAUCUCCCCUAACCCACCGGUGAGUGAGAGCCACACAUCGAGACAGCAGCGGACUAGACGACAGGCCGGUCAAUCUCCUAUGACGGGCAUCCAGUUUUGUUUCCCUUUAUGGGAAACUUCGUCGGGAACCGAUUGGGGGACCCUCGUAUUUGAGAGAGUCGAUGGAGGCAACAUGCUUACUACAGAGGCUAUCAAGUCAGUUUGCAAGGCCGAGGAACGACUCGUGACAUCACACCCCUCCUACCAAGAAAACUGCCAAUGCCCAAACGCCACUGCCACUACUGAAUGCCCGAGUACCUGGUCUAUUGGAAAUCACAUCGCACUGCUAUCCAACAAGUCAUCAUGUGCAGCGAUCGUGGAUUCUGAUGUUGCAAACACCAUAGAUCUGUUGAUGCUCUGCGCGCCGUUCUUUCGCAACACAACGGCUGAGGAUUUUCAGUACCAAUCCCUUCCAAUGGUACCGGAUGAGUGCAGACAACACGAGUACGCCGUCUUCACGAUUUUCCACUACCUUCUUCCCAUCGAGGUCCUUCGCGGUAUCACCGAUAACAGUCUCCCGCCUACGUCACGAAUUGUGUCGGUACUACUACCUAUCGAAGACAAAGAUGCCCUGAAGACAAUCUUCCAGGAAAGCAUUCAACGGGAAACGAGUACCGAUGGAAUCACAACGCUGAAAGCGGUUGACUUCAAUAUCAAAUUUAGACUGUUUUCCACUGCCAUUCUCCUCGAUAGCUUGUACCUUGGGAUAGCCGCUGGGGCAAUUUUUCUACUGAUCUGGGUGUACACUGGUUCGUUCUUGGUCACUCUGACAGCACUCCUUAACAUGGUCUUUUCGUUUACGUUGGCUGAUUUCUUCUUCACCGUCGCAUUUGUGAGACCCUUUUUCCCUUUCGGGAAUAUCAUGUCUGUCAUAUUGCUGCUGGGGGUCGGUGCCGAUGAUACGUUUGUGUACAUGGACUUGUGGAAGAAAUGCAGACUAGAGUUUGGCGACCAGGAUUUGCCGAGGCUGGUGUAUGAGACCCUCCGCCAUGCUUCUGUUUCGAUGUUUGUGACCAGCUUCACAACCGCAACCGCACUUUAUGUAACAGUGAUCAGUGACAUUGUCGUGGUGAAAUGCUUCGCUGUGUUCGCGGGUACCGCCAUCCUGAUGAACUUGGCUCUGACACUGACUUUGCUGCCAGCUGUCAUCGUCAUGCAACACAAAAUGACAAAAUGGUGUUGCUCAUCCAAGACCUCUUCCAACGAGUCAAAAGAGAAAUGCAGUUGCUUAGCCAAGCUGCUCGUCCCUCUGAACAAGUUUCACGAAGUAUUGAUCCCCUAUCUUGUAUUGAAACUGAGAUUCAUUUGGAUCAUUCUCUUUCUGUUGCUCAUGACCGGGGCUGCCAUUGUUGUUUUCUUCUACCCAGGUUUCCAAGUGCCAUCCAGUUCCAAUUUCCAGUUCUUUGUUGACUCCCACUAUUUUGAGCAGUACGAUCUCGUCUACGGAGAUCAGUUUGCAUACACCCAGGCCAGAUCGUCAAAUUUUGUUGGCUGCAUCGUUUGGGGAGUCCAGGCCGUUGACAACGGUGAUUUGUGGGACCCGGAUGACCCUGGAACUCUCCUGUUAAACGAUUCUUUCCGGUUCUCCAGUCCCGAGGAUCAGUCGUGGUUUCUUGACUUCUGCCGAGACCUUCGAAAUCAAAGCUUCUUCAAAUCAUUCGAAGAGCAGGGAUGUUUUAUUGAGGACUUUAUUAGCCUUAUGCAACAACCAUCUUGUAUUAAUCAGUACGGCCGAGAUGUGUCCCCAUGUUGUAACCAAUCAGGAUUCCCUUACGAAUCCUCUCUGUUCGAGACCUGCUUGGCUAAAUUUGCUAAUUACUUGUCGAUUAGAGGUAUCUUCUUCUUGAAGACAAACGGUCAGCUAGCCGGUAUCAAAGUGAAUAUUGCGACAACGUUCGAAAACAGCUUCAAGUUUGCAGACAACGAGGAACUGUGGAGGACUGUCAAUGGUUGGAUAGAGGAGAAGCUAAAAUCAGCGCCCAGCGCACUCCAGCAUGGCUGGUUUUCGUCACCAGAUUUCUUCCAACUCUCGUUCUUUGAUCUCCAGCAGAGUCUCGCAGUUGGAACUAGAAACUCUAUGCUCGUCACCUUGGCAAUAGCGUCUGGAAUUCUCUUCCUGACUAUACAGAAUAUUUUGCUCACGCUCUGGGCCAUGCUGACCAUAACAAGCGCUGUGUUUGUAACAGUAGCAAGCCUUGUCCUGCUUGGCUGGGAGUUGAAUGUUGUGGAGGCAACCAUCAUUACAUUGGCUGUCGGCCUUUCCGUUGAUUUCACGAUUCACUACGGGGUUGCUUAUAAACUCUCCCCGUUUCAAAGCAGAAGACAGCGCACGCGCUGCUCAUUGCAAACCAUGGCCCCGGCCAUUACCAUUGCGGCUUUCUCUACGUUCGUAGCGGGUGCUUUGGUUUUACCAUCCACGCUGUUGAGCUAUUAUCAGUUCGGGGUCUUUCUGAUGCUAGUCAUGAGCAUAAGCUGGACACACGGCACCUUCUUCUUCCAAUCGCUCUGCAUGGUGCUUGGACCGCAAGAAUCGUGCGGUGAUAUUCCAUGCCUGCCGUGUUUUGAGUGUUGUAGGUUGGGCACCAGGCCUGUUGAUGCUUUGUCUUCGGGACAGGGCCGUGCCAGUUAUGGUCAUGAUAAUCCAGCUGCUAGUAUUCGUACAAUUACCAAUGGGGAACAAUAACACAGGACAAAUUCCGCACUCUUUUUGAAAGAUUAAAUUUCCUAAAGCUACUGAUUCCAUCUGGUUUUGUACCCCUUUUAUCGUUUAUCAGGAGUGUAUUUCUUCAGUGACGGGGUUCUCUAUGCAUGGUUGGUUUUUUUUAUACAGUCAACGAUUUUUUAAACAGAGGCAAAUUUUACAUUAUUUGAUUGCUGUGGUAUAUUUUUUUAAAAUAAAUAUGUAAUAUAUAAAGUAUAGCUUGAAAAGCAUAGUAGCCUGUUAUUUCGCUGAAUAUGCGCCCGGUAGAUAUAUUGCGUAGAAAAUUAAUGUCAUAUUGCUUGCAUGAGGCAUUUAUUAAAAUGUAUCACGAAAAAAAGUGCUCCGGCCCGUGCUGUUAUGGUCUACAGGGUGAGUCUAAAAGAAAGUGACCUGGAUUAUUGUUUUUUGUUUUCUUAAAAAAAAAACAAUCAAAUUUGAUACACCAAUGAAGUAUUUCUUCAAAGAGCAUGUUCCUCCACUCUUCUGAAAAAUAUAAAAGAAUUACUGAAAGUGAUCCCUGCUAUCAGAAGUUAUGAAGAAGCUAUUUUUAUAGCUGUCCAUGGAAUGCCAUUGGAAGCUAUUGAGCUGAGUGAGAAUUACAGAUUACACACUGGCAUUUAAAUACUUAUAGAAUUUUAUUUAGUUUAGUCAAUACUGAAAUAUUUUCUUUUUUUUGCUGUUAGAUUUUGUGUUUUGAAUCAUGAGCAACAAGUGAACUUUUCCCAAAAAAAUAUUGAUGGCGACUUUUGUCAGUUUUCCUUUACAAGUUUCCUUUCAUUCAUGAAGGUGAGAAAGCAUCAAUUUUCAGUGUAUUAAAGGCUAUUCAUCAGUUCGUGAGACGAUAUAACUGAUCACUGAUAGACAGCUGAAUUUACUGAUCUGUUUAUUAAAAUAGAUAUAACUUGGGCAUAAGUAUGUAAAUUACGUGACAUUUUCACAGCUAUAAUGAUGUACUUAAUCCCUAUGCUAUUAUUAUGAAAUGGAGCGAGCCAUACAUAUUUUAAAUUUUAAAUUUUAAAUUUUUAAACAAAACAUGUAUUGAGUCUGUAUAGUUAUGUUGUAAACGAGGAGGUAAUAAAGAUAGCAAGAACACAA